AUGGGUGAUCUACAUCUACAAAUACUUGAGGUUUUGAUGAUGGGGGAGCUUGUGGCCAAGUCGUUUUCAAAUGGCGUGGAAGUACGCAAGAAGGCUGCACUUUGGGGCUUGCGUGUUAGGGUACCACCCCCAAGGAUUCAUAUAACUCUACCAUUUAAAGGACAAGUAAAUGAUGAGUUGAUGAAUAAAUUAAAGAUCAAAAGUCGAAGGUCAAAUGUGUUCAUGUCUGUAGAAUGUAAAUCGCCAGUGAAUCAGUUGCAUUACAGCCCUCUACAAGACAGGGGUUCUGCAAAGAAAAGGCUGGACUCAGCAGCACUUAAGCAGGGUGAAUUUAAGAACAGUCCGUCCAAACUAGCUGCCAUACAACAAAAGCCAGGUAGAAAGCUUAGACAACUGACAUUCCUUGAAGAACUUAUUCCAUCCAAUGAUUCAUUAAUAGGAUGUAAUCACCCAUUUAAAACAGAACUGGAACAGUCUGCUGAAAAAGCUGAACAGAAAAUGCGCGCAGAAAUAUGGAACAAAUUCUUGGAAACGUUUGAUCAAAAUGAUGAUAAUCAUGAUGAGUCAGAAAUUAAUACAGGGACUUUAGACUGUGUACAUGAUGGUCCACCUGUUCUGGAAAAAGUGGAACCUGUUGUUCCUACUUUAUGUAACGGUACCCCACCUAUGCCUGAAAUUCAGGAGAAGAAACAGAGUCGUAAAUCAGUGCCAAAGUUAGAGAAGAAUGGUGAUAAGAGGUCGAGGGAGCGACAACGGAGACGAAUAUCAUCUCAACUGCCGACAGAAACAUCAGAUGAAUUUGUGGUUAAACACAUCAGAUCUGUUGCCGGGGGAAAUUAUUAUUGCUGUCAUGAUAAAACUGGAUAUGGGCGGGGCUUUUCUGUAAUGGGGCGUAGACUGAACAGUGAAGGGCGUGUUGAGUAUAUGGUAAAAUGGGAUUGAAUUUAAUCAUUUUAGAAUGGAUGAUUCAAGAUUUGUAUUAUAUUGAAUGAGAGGACAAAAUUAUUAUUUAACUAAUUUCAUUGAGAUCAUCCCCCUGUCAUCGUCAGCCGUUCGUCUUCAACAAUUAUUAAAAACAACAUCUCUUCAAACGCCAGUUAUUAAUCAAACUACACAGGAAUGAACCUUUGGUGGUCCCCUAUCAAAGUUAUUUGCAUGAUUCCAUUCACUUGCAUAAGUAGGUCACAGAGCCAAAAAAAAGGUUUUAAAAAUGUAAAUUAAAAAUCUCCAAAUAUGAAAGUAAAAUGCCCAGAGGUUUGUUAGAGGGUAUGUAGUUAUAUCUGAAGGUUCUCUGUCAAAGAUGUAUAAAUUUUAAUUGGGACUGCUA